AGUGCUCAACGUGAGUUCGGUGCUGGGAGUCCGCAGCUGACUAGACAGAAUGUUUCUGGGACCUCCUUUUACUGCGAGCUGAAAUGGAUCCUCAGAGACCCUCUGGCCACUCGGUGGAGACAGUGACCUUUGAGGACGUAGCUGUGAACUUCAGCUCAGCAGAGUGGGAUUUGCUGAAUCCAUCCCAAAAGAAGCUCUACAGAAGUGUGAUGUGGGAAACACUGAUGAAUAUUGAUGCUAUAGGCACAACCUGGGUUAACCAACAUACUGAAGAAGAGCACAAAAAGUACUUAGUAAAUCUAAGGUAAUUUUCAUUUAUAAAAAUGGAAUAUUUCUGAAAUGUCAGCAUGUGAGCUGAAAUACAUAACCAAGGAAACUGAAGAAAUGAGACCAUGUUCCAUUUUAUUUGUCCUCACAAAAUAUCCCGAUCUAAUGUUUUAUUAUCUGUCAAUCCACAAAAACAUUUGAAUAUAGGAAAGUGAUGUAUUGAUACAAAGCAACAAAUGACACUACCUGAUAUAUCAGUACAAAAAGCUCCGUCAUGAUCAACAUCACAAAAAUGUGUGAGAUUGCA